AUGGUACCCAACAUCAACGAUUCUCGGCCUUCCUGUGCUGUCUUUGUUCUUUACAUGAAAAUGUAUUGGUUCAGAAAAGGACAACAGAAGUUGAAAGGCCGAGAAUCGUUGACGUUGGGUGUACUUCCUAAUAGGGGGGCCGGGCAGCUGGUGAAAGAUGUAUCAUUUUAUCCUAUCUUAAGAUUGCUAGUACCUCACCUUGAACGACAGCGUGGACCGCAUAAUUUGAAGCAAGUUUCGUUGGCAAAUCUUUACGCUCACAUAUAUGGUUUCGCAAAAAAUAGCGACAGUUAUAAAAAAUUGACAAAUUAUCGAGAAUUCUCGUCGGACAAAUUUAUAGGAAAUGAUUUCGCUGAUCGAGCUUAUUACGUAUUGAAUAAAAAGUUACCUCGAAUCGAUACUGGACUCACGAUCGCGCAGAUCAACGAAUUCCUUGAUAGUAUCUCCGAAAGAAAGAUGAAUGUAACGAAGCAGCAAAAAGUUGAAACGUUUCGAGUACUUUUUCGACAAAUUACAGGAUUUGAGAUGAAGUGGAUGACACGUAUCAUUCUUAAAGAUUUACGACUUGGUAUAGGACCACAAAAAAUACUGCACAUAUAUCAUCCCGACGCGAAUGAUAAAUCUCUUGUGACGAAUGAUCUGCGCGAGAUUUGUAACCAGUUACAUAAUCCUAAGAUUAAAUUAAAAUGUAGUAUACAGAUAUUUUCAUAUUUUAAACCAAUGCUCUUAGAGAGAUGCAAUAUCGAAAAUAUCGGUAAGUUAUUUCGGGACAAUGACUUAUAUUAUGUUCAAACUAAAUACGACGGCGAAAGGUCGCAACUCCAUAUGAAGAAUGGAAAAUUUAAAUACUUCACACGUAGAGGAUACGACAUUACAAACAAACCUGGAUAUGGAGAAACUGGAUCUUCGGGUCUUUUAACCGCGGUAUUUACGCGGUGUUUAAAUUCGAAUUGUCAUUCUUUUAUAUUGGAUGGAGAAUUAAUGGCUUGGCAUAAAGAGAAACAAAUCUUUAGUACAAAAGGUAUGAAUGUCGACGUCAAACAUUUAUUGGCGAGCAGUCAUCAUCAACCGUGUUUCGUUGCGUUCGAUGUGAUUCUGCAUAAUGACAUCUUGCUCAUUGAUACACCUUAUGAAGACAGAUUAAAACUUCUCAACGAUAUAUUCACCGAAGAGGAAGGUUCUCUAACUAUAUGUCGAUCUACUUUAAUUUCAAAUAGGGAAGAAUUGAUACAGGAAUUCAAUAUUCGCCUCCGUUAUAACGAGGAAGGACUUGUUAUAAAGAGAUAUAAUAUGAAAUAUAAACCAAAUAUUCGAGAUGGCAAUGGUUGUUAUAAAAUUAAAGCAGAGUAUACUGACAAUUUAAUACAAGAUAUAGAUCUUAUCAUACUUGGCGGUUAUUACGGAAAUGGCAGGUAUAUAGGAAAAAUUAAAAGCUUUAUGAUGGGUGUUGCUGCACCAACGAACAAAGAAGGAGAAAAUCCAUCCCAAUUUUUCUCCGUCGUAUCUGUAAGCACUGGAAUAGGAGAUGAAAUGUUACGUCAUCUUCAAACAAAACUUGCGCCAUAUUGGAUCAAGGAUCAUCCUAAAAAUAUUAUAAGUCCCAAGGGAAAUCAACCAGAUAUGUGGAUUCAUCCAGAACAUUCUAUAAUUUUAACGAUACGGGCGUCUGAGAUGAUACGUAGUAAUGAAUAUCCAAUUGGAUACAGUUUACGAUUUCCUAGAGUUAUGAAUGUAAGGAUGGAUAAGCCCUGGUACAAUUCAUGUACUACUCUCGAAUUACUAUCGUUGGCCAAAAAUGGAGGAAUGAUUCAAAAAUUAACCAAGCGGGAAGCUACUCUACAUGAUUGCGACCAAGUAUCAGUCUCUAAAUUACAAAAGACAAUGAAUCGAAGUAAAUCGAUUGAAUAUAACACGUGUAAUAAGCGCGUAGUACCACUUACGCGACUAUUAGAUGGAAGAGAAAUUUGUGUGAUCAAUGGUGACGAUGAAUUAUCGAAAGAGGAAAUUGAAGAAAUAUUGCAGCAACACAGUGCAAAAGUUGUUCAAAAUCCAGUUAAUACGAUUUUCUGUGUGAUAGUAGGCAAUAAUAAAACGAUACGAGGGAAAGAAGUAAUAAACAGUGGAAAAUAUGAUGUUGUAACUCUCGAUUGGGUCAAACGUGUUUUCAAUCGAUCCGAGUGGAUCUUAUCGAUUGAUUUUUUACCAUGGGAAUUAUUACGCAGUCGAAACAUUACUAGAAACCAAGUUACAGAAAACUAUGAUGGAUAUUAUGAUAGUUUUGUCGUUGAUGCAAAUGAGGAAAGUUUGAAGCGUUCAUUCAACAAGAUUGAGAAAUCGAUUGAGUUUACAGAGAGUAAGUUGAUUAUUGAGCAAGAAAAAGAAAUGGACAAGAAUUUGUUCGGGGGCACAUCGCCUUAUUCAUUGUUUAGAGAUACAGUUGGAUUUUUUGAGAAUGAAUCGUGUAGCGCUAAAUUUAAAUUCCGUUUUAUGUCAGGUAAAAUUGAAAACAACAUUAAUAAUUCUGUUACGCAUGUUUUUGUAGAAGAUAACGCUACGAGUUCUAUUGUGAAAAAUAUGAAAGCAUGUGAGCAAACAUCUAUAAAGAUUGUUAAAUGCAAAUGGAUUGAGGAAUGUUUCCAAAAUGACCGAAUAUAUGAUAUAACAGAUUACCUAAUCAACUAUUGA